AUGGCAGCCACCACAGGCUCGGGAGUAAAAGUCCCUCGCAAUUUUCAACUGUUGGAAGAACUCGAAGAAGGCCAGAAAGGAGUAGGAGAUGGCAUAGUUAGCUGGGGUCUAGAAGAUGACGAAGACAUGACACUUACAAGAUGGACAGGGAUGAUAAUUGGGCCUCCAAGAACAAUUUAUGAAAACCGAAUACACAGCCUUAAAAUAGAAUGUGGACCUAAAUACCCAGAAGCACCCCCCUUUGUAAGAUUUGUAACAAAAAUUAAUAUGAAUGGAGUUAAUAGUUCUAAUGGAGUGGUGGACCCAAGAGCCAUAUCAGUGCUAGCAAAAUGGCAGAAUUCAUAUAGUAUCAAAGUUGUCCUGCAGGAGCUUCGGCGCCUAAUGAUGUCUAAAGAAAAUAUGAAACUCCCUCAGCCACCCGAAGGACAGUGUUACAGCAAUUAAUCCAAAAGAAAACCACAGGCCCACCCCUCCCCCGUUCGAUUUAAGCAGUCUUCAU